CCGCGCCCUCGUUCCACAUCGAGCCAGGGGACAGCCGCCUCGUCCUGACGCCCUCCCAGAGCCGUGCCUUACGACGGCUCGCCGUCCUCGCCGGUCGCCGAUUAGCCCGCCGGAGCCCAGCCCCCGAUGAGGAUCCUCUCCUUCCCGCCUCCCUGCGAGCUGCGUGUGUCCCUGUCCUGCGCGGCUGCGCCCUUGCCCCCGGCCUUCUGACUCCCCUGCAAGUGAGUGUGAGGAACUUGGUGGUCUUCUUGGCUGAGCAGUCAAGGCAAUUGAAGCACCUCCAGCGGCUUCCAGAACUCGGUUUUUUUUGGCCGUGCUAUGCUAUCCUUUAGAUGAACCGAACAGAUGCAUAAUUUUGCACAUCAUUUCUACCUCAAAUAAAUUCUCAAGUGUUUUUCCAUUGAAGAAUUUCUGCAGUUUGUAAUGCUGCUGGGAUCAGUAAGGAUUGAGCGUAUGGCCUUCGAGCAAUAAAAGAUUACGUUGUUAUAGCUUCCAACGGUCGCCGAUACACUACAGCAUGAAAAUAUAUUCUUCUCCACAGUGGCGGCGGUCAUCAAUUAAAACGAUACUCCUAUAUUCUUGUCGACGGUGCCGGCUGGCCCUCGUCAACAAAAGAUAUCGACAAUAAUCUUCUCAACGCUGCCGGCGCACACAUUGAUAUUUCCGCCGACCCGCACGCCUAUCUACAAAUUCAGUCAUCCCCCACAUCUCUGCGGAUCUGAGAUCUCGCCGUGCCUCAUCCCCGAGCCCUCUCUUCCCAGCUUCACCGGCGCGGCUCACUGCGGGUCGCUCCAUUUGAAGGUAAACGAGACUACACUAGUUCCUGUUUUUUCCUUUGAAUGUGAAGCAGAUCGGUUAAAAGACGCAGUCAUCUUCCACUCUUGCCAAUCUUGCUGCCUCUGCCCAAUCCCAGAAUGGCGAAGCGUCGGAAAGUCACGUCCGCCAUUGUAGCUGAAGAAGAGAGAAGGACGCACGUGAUCAACAUAGAUGGGUACUCAAGAACCAAGGAGCUGCUCAAGGCCGGCGACUGUACCACAUCCAUCCCUUUCAUGGUGGGAGAUCAUAACUGGGUCGUCAAGUAUUACCCGAACGGCAACGACAAACAUGGUCACAUAUCUGUUUAUCUGGUCCUUGAUUCGGCGGGCGGCGACGGUGUGAAGGCGAAAGUCACCUUCAGCAUCCUUGACAAGGGUGGAGAACCAGUGCCCGCAUACAUCAAAGUCGCCCCGGAACAUGUGUUCCCAUACAGUGGUUCAGAUUGGGGUUUCGGUGAUUUUAUCAAGCAUGAGGAUCUGGAGGGAUCGGUGCAUCUAGGAGGCGAUAGUUUUAGAAUCAAGUGCGACGUGGCCGUGAAGAAGAUCCGUAGCGAUGAGACACAUGCAAAUCAGUUUGUUGUGGUUCCUCCAAGCAACUUGCAUCGGCAUCUCGGUGAGCUCCUGAAAAGCAAGGAUGGAGCAGACGUGGCCUUUCGAGUUGGUGGCGAGAUAUUCUCGGCCCAUAGGUCGGUGCUCGCCGCUCGUUCGCCAGUCUUCAAGGCGGAGCUCUUUGGUACCAUGAGGGAGAGAUCUGGUGAUCCUAUUGAAAUUGAUGAUAUAGAAGCAGGUGUGUUCAAGUCCUUGCUCCAUUUCAUCUACACGGACUCACUCCCUGAGACAACUCGUGAAGGAACCAAUGAAGGCGUAACGCAAGAAGAUAUAGCAACAGCUGGCCAUCUACUUGUAGCGGCAGAUAGGUACGACAUUGUGAGGCUCAAGCUGAUAUGUGAGGAGAUAUUGUGCAAUCACAUUGACUCCAGCAUGGUUGCAACUAGUUUGGUUUUGGCUGAGCAGCAUAAUUACCAUGGACUCAAGGAGGCUUGCUUUGAGUUCCUUGCUUCUCCGCCCAAUUUGGAAGCGAUGAUCGUAAGUGAUGGUUACCAACAUCUAAAAAGCAGUUGCCCAUCUCUUCUGCGAGAGCUGAUUGCUAGACUCUUGCCUGUUGAGCUGACAGCAGCCAAGGAUAUUAUCAGGGACAUUUAGUACUUACGUGUAUGGGUACUAAUGAUCAUAUCAUCAAGUAAGCCUAGAAUCUGUUUUGCUGGUUCCCGUGUAUGCCUGUAUGGUUGCGUAAUAAUGUGUAAGAAUAAAAAUGCUAUUUUGUUUGAAAUGUUCAUAUUGUGAAAAGUAUAUGUGUAUGGUCGAUAAAAUGCUCAAAAUGUGAUGUUGAAACUUUACAAACAUGGUCUCUGUUUUGAUCUGUGAUGCCGGAAAAUUAUGC